AGAAUCUGAGAGCUGCGAUCAGAGUCAUCUUCUCUGCUGAAUGGAAUUAGUUCAGUUGUACAGCCCUUCAACAAUGAAGUCCAUUCAAGAACAGAAAAUUAAAUGGCUCACUACUUUACUAGUCUUUCUAAUUAUGUUACUUAACAUACACUGACUUUAUAUUAUACAGGAAAUAGAAGAAUUCUGAGAACAAAGAAUGCAGAAAUUGUCUAUAAACCAGACAGGCAGAGGGACCCAGCAGAGACUAGCAAAGGCUAUAAGUCAUCACAUUCCACGGAAACAUCCGGAUGAAACCAGAUGAAAAAGCCCUUCAGCAAUACUCCUAAACAAGCUGGGGCUACUGAACUCAGGAACACAGCAAGUACCCUGAGCCAGAAGUACAAACACAAGGAGGCUCCUACCAGAUUCAUUUUAUUUAUUCGAUGAAGUUAUAUUUGAAAUAUGGCUCACAGUGACUUCCUCUACCCAGAUAACCCAAGGAGAAGGCAAGAAGUCAACCGUCUUCACCAGCAGCUUCUUGACUGCUUAUCUGAUAGCUUCAACGCCACCAAUAAGCUCAUUGGGGUUUUAAACACGCACUUGCGGUGCAGCCUGGCCUCCAUUGAGAUGAAAAGAGAUGGGACCAUCAAGGAAAACUGUGAUAUCAUCAUCCAAGCCAUGAUGGAAAUCCAAAAAGAAUUGCAAAAGGUUGAUGAAGCACUGAAAGAUAAACUAGAGCCAACCCUUUACAGAAAACUUCAGGAUAUUAAAGAAAGGGAAACAGAGAAAAUUGCAAUAGUACAAAAGGUCAUUUCAGUCAUCCUGGGAGAAGCUACUUCUGCAGCCAGUGCAGUGGCUGUCAAACUUGUGGGCUCAAAUGUCACAACUGGCAUAAUUAACAAGUUGGUCACCGUGUUAGCUCAAAUUGGCGCUUCUCUCCUUGGUAGUAUAGGGGUUGCUGUUCUUGGCCUUGGCAUAGAUAUGAUUUUCCGUGCUAUCCUGGGAGCAGUGGAGAAAACACAGCUUCAAGCAGCCAUUAAAAGUUAUGAGAAGCAUCUGGUGGAAUUCAAGUCAGCCUCAGAAAAAUAUCAUCAUGCCAUUACCGAAGUCACCAACAUAGUGAAACACCAAAUGAAAUAAACAGCCACUGUGCCACUUCUGCUUCUCAACAACAGUGUUCUGCUUCUUUGAUUAGGUUCAUUUUCUGUAAGUUUCCAACAUGGACAUAAAUACAGUUAACAACGUGGAAAGAUGGUUUAGAGAUGCUGAAACUAGAUGCCUCUAGAGUUUUGUAUCAACAAUGAAUGCCUAAAUCAGCUGGUGCUAGACCCUGUGAGGUAAAAUUAUAUCCCAGGAUACCUUCUUACACUGCUCUACCAGAUCAACAUUAGGUUUAAUGCUAUUGUAGAAGAGCAGGUGUAAGGGUUACCUUUUCCUUUUCUAAUUCCUCAAAUCUUUAAAAUUUACACUGACUUUUGUUUCCACUACUAGCUUCAGACAUCAUUUAGUUCUAAGGCGAUGUACUUGGUAACUGCUGCCUAGACAAACUGUGACCUUUGAAUGAAAUAGAAAUGCAGCCAUAAUUUUGUUCAUCAGGUUAAAUCUAAUUUUCUAUCAACUGGAAGAGACUGAAAUAUGGUUUUGCAACAAUUCAAUCAUGAAAGAACACAAUGGUUCUUUACCUUCUACUAAUCACACGCUAUAACCUGGAUGGAUUUUUUAAAAGAUAAAAGUUAAGACUAAAAAGAUAAAGACUCUGUUUCUAUAAUGGCAAUCAACCCUGACCAACUGUGGUGUGAUGAUUAAAUAUCCCUCAUGUGAA